AUGAGUAAUAAAUCAAAGUUUAAAACAUUUGUUAUUAUUGAUCUUGAAACAACUGGAUUGAUAUAUGACGAACCAAAAAUUACUGAAUUAGCUAUGAUUGCUGUAAAUAUUGAAACACUGGAAGGAAUGAAACCAGACGAAGAAUUACCGCGAGUAUUGGUAAGUGAAUAUAUAUUUAUGUUAACCUUUUCC